AUGAGCGCCAGAGAAUAUCGCGAGAAACUAAUAGAUGAAGUGAAAAAGUACCCAGUCUUGUACGACACGUGGCACGAGAACCAUCGCGACAUCGACGUGCGCGAUCUAUGCUGGACGGAGAUAUCUAAGCGGCUGGGAGUUAACUCUGUGGUUUUAAAGCGUGAGUGGAAGAGCCUCCGCGACUCCUUAAGACAAGCACUUAAGAAGAGUAGAAAAGGCGCCACCACAAAAUCUGGUACACCUUGCAAGAAGUGGCGAUACCAGAGCCGCAUGGCUUUCGUAUUGCCCUACAUGACAAUAAGACGACAUCAACGGCCAACCAAAGAAGAUAUCAAAAUUGAUGAAACCGAAGUGCAAUCAGAACCAGAACAAGAAUGCGAGGUCUGGGACCAAGGUAGCUCUGAUCAGGACUCUUUAGACCUCUUCUUUGCAAGUGUCUGUCAGAGCACGAAGAGAUUACCUAAAAAGUUCCAGAAUCAAGUGAAGCGGCAAGUCCUGGAUGUGCUGCUGAGGGUUGAGGCGGAAUGUGAAAAUGAAACAAUGGACUCUAAGACGGGAUUAUGA